CAGCGAGACCAACACAGAUUUGGGACAUUGCACCCAAUUUUUCUGUAGGCUGAGAGCAGUAUUUCGACGAUGGUUGACCAGAAAAGAGCGAAAAAACAGCCUUCGGCUGCAGCCGGGUCUCGAGACGAAGAACCCAAUCUACAUCAAAUUGAUUCCCAGUUGGGAAUGCUAGGAGUAGUGCUGAUGUUGCUUUGUGGAACUGUUUCCAGUUAUCUGUUUACAAAUUUGCCCAAUGCACUGACACGUGCAAACUUGGAGAGCUAUCCAGGGGCAUUCAUCGCCGAACGUGCAUGGGAAAAUUUGAAUGUGCUGAAUGAUUUCGGCCCAAAGCCUACCGGAAGUGAUGCGAAUGAAAAGCUGACUGCAAACUACCUGAAGCGUGAGAUUGAAAUGAUCCAGGCUAGCAAACACCGGAAUCAGCGGUUGGAUACCAAGCAUCAAGUAACAACUGGAGGCUAUCAUGUUGCAUUUAUGGGCCAUCCACUGACUAGCUUGUACAGAAAUGUUCAGAACUUGGUUGUGAAGCUGGCGGGCGAAUAUGAUAACUCUACCAGUCCUGCACUGAUGUUGAAUUGCCACUUCGACACAGUUGCUAGUAGUCCGGGAGCCAGUGACGAUGGUGCAAGUUGCUGUGUUAUGUUGGAAAUCAUGAGAGUACUCUCAAGACAACCAAAACGCAAUAGACAUUCCGUAAUAUUUUUGUUUAAUGGGGCCGAGGAGACUCCUUUGCAGGCAGCUCAUGGGUUCAUUACGCAACAUGAGUGGGCAAAACAGGUGGCUGCCUUUAUAAAUUUGGAAUCAGCUGGUUCGGGAGGCAAGGAAGUUCUUUUCCAAAGUGGGCCGCAACAUCCAUGGAUGAUUGAUGUAUAUGCUCGCUCAAUAAGACACCCAUUUGCCCAUGCAGCUGCUGAAGAGAUUUUCCAAUCGGGUUUAAUUCCAUCCGAUACAGACUUUAGAAUAUUCCGCGACUAUGGAAAUGUACCUGGGAUGGAUUUUGCUCAUAUGGUUGAAGGAUACCGAUACCACACAAAGUUCGAUAACAUUGACUACUUGUCACUCCCAGUGCUGCAGCGUACCGGCGAUAAUAUCUUAUCCAUAACAAGGGAAAUGGUCAACAGUGAUGAACUUGCAAACAGUAGACUGGAGGAAAGCAAAAAAGGGUACAGCGUGUUCUACGACUUCAUGGGUCUGCUGUUCGUUUGCUAUUCCGCCAAUACAGCAAUCACGAUCAAUACUUUGGUUUCGAUUCUGGCCAUUCUGAUGCCGUAUUACGGACUGAGUCGAUCUGUACGAAAACUGGGAGAAGGAUCAAUUAUAAAAGAAGCCAUUUAUGGAUUCCUGGCAACUGUAGUAGGUACGGUCGGAAGCAUUUUGUCGUGCCUUAUCAUUGGCCGACAACUUGAUGCCAUGGGACGGGCAUUAUCGUGGUACUCGACCCCGUUCUUAGUUAUGGGCUUAUAUUGUUGUCCGGCGUUGCUGUGUCAUUGUUUUUCGCAGAUGAUUAUCAAUCGAUUGUUUGCUGAUAAGAAGACCGUGCUGAAUCUAUCGCAGAUUGUCCAGUCUCGAAUGAUGGGAGUUAGCUUAUUCUGGGCCAUACUGGUUGUACCGCUAACAUUCGCAGGAAUACGAACAACCUACAUCUUCAUGGUGGUGCUCCUGUUCUCGCUGAUGUCAUCACUAGUUUCAACCGUUCUGGGCUAUCAGAAUACUACCAAAAAAUGGAUCCUGGUGCAUCUGGCUUUCCAGAUACUAACAAUGUUCUGGGCGACACAGUACUAUCACAUGUUCUUGAAAUUGUUCAUUCCAAUAUCCGGUCGGAUUGGAGGUCAUAAAAAUCCCGAAUAUCUGGUUGGAUCGAUUGCUGCUCUCUGCACUCUGUUGGUCAGUAGCUACAUGAUUCCGUUGGUGACCUUGUUGAAGAAAGCCUCCGUACUUACCGCUCGGUUGACGGUCUUCAUUCUGCUCGCGUUACUGAUCACUUGCUUCACGCAAGUCGGAUUCCCGUACCGAGAUGAUAGUGCAAACGCCCCGACAGUACAAAGGCAUUACGUGACGCACGUAAUGCGUUCCUACUACGAUGAAUUGGGUAACUCUAGAGGAAAUGAUUCCGGUUUCCUAUUCCGCGAAAUGGAUCGAAACUCAUACCGGGCGAUAAAAGGAGUUGCCAGUCCGGAAACGGUCAUUCCGAUGCGUGAAAUGAACACUUGUGAAACGGAAAUCUUCUGCGCCGUUCCUUUUUAUUCCAUGUGGCACCAGAUUCGAUUCGACAAUUACUGGUUACCCGGACCACCACCGGUUGCAGAUAAAGUGGUGUCCAUGACAAAGACUAAACAGGAACAGCUAAGCGAUAAUGUCCGACGGCUGACAUUCAUGCUGGAAGGCAGCAUCCAAUCUUCUCUCAUCAUUGGAGCAAAACCGGGUGUAAAGUUGGUCGGUUGGAAUCUACUGGACAAGUUGACACCAGCAACGGAGUUCAACAACCAAAAAGCACACUUUGUGCUUAUCACCCACGGACUGCCGGGCGAGCCUUGGGAAAUUACUCUGGAUUUCGAACAUGAGAACAAGGACCACAAAGGAUUACUUGCUGAUGUCACCGUCGUUACCACUCAUUGGGAAGCACAUCGAAUGCACACUCAAGAAUUCACAGAUUUGAUUAAGAAAUUUCCCUCCUGGGCACAUGUGAUACCGUCGGUUGCGGUGAUGAAUAUCUACGUGUUUUAAAUAUAUAGAAUACGUUUUUUUUAUAA